GCAAUGAAGGCUUCGAAGCGGCUUGUGCCACGGUAAAAUGCUGACCACGUUUUGGCUACCGUUCAUUGCGGCUCAUCUGUGCCUGCACCGAGUAUGUCUCGUUCGGCACGAAAGUGCAACAUUUUCCCUGCACGUUUUCAGUCUGAUAAUACCAAACCCGUCGAAGAAGUAUGUUGGUAUCAUCGCCAAUACGGUGGAAGAGUUAGACGUUGUCGGGCUCCAUGCAUUAGGCACGUCUCAGCUGAUUCAGGGAAAGCGAAUAGCCCGCAUACUAGCACGACAAACGUAUCAGUCAAUAACCAAGCAAUUUGCCUGUUUUACACUAGGGAUCGACGUUCUUCUAUCACAUUCCUCAUCGAUACGGGAGCGGAAGUCAGCGUCAUCCCAGCGACUGCUAACGACAAGCACUCAGAGCCUACGUGCAAUUUGCGUGCGGCCAACGGUUCUCCAAUAGCUUCAUUCGGUCAGCGCAUGAUGAACCUGGACCUCAAUCUUCGCCGAGAUUUUCAGUGGGUCUUCAUCGUUGC